CUCAAACUAGUGAGUAGUUAAGUUACUUUAAUUGUCCCAAAUACGUGUGAAGCGUAACCAACUGCAAAAAGGCCUGACAAAGAGGCUAUUCAUAGCGCUUCACUCUAUUCGGGUCGGAGGGUUCGUCGUACGUGUACAGAGGUUAGGUUGAAAAAAUUGCAGCAUUUCCUUCUGGAAUUAAUUGACGUGCUGAAAUCUGAUCGAAAUGGCGCCAACAGUGUUAUUUUUUUUCCUUGUUUUACUUGUAUCCUACACUAGUUCCGCUAUGGUGACCCUAAACGCCGAGGACUUCGGGUCCUACAAAGGAUCAGCAGUGAAGAAGUUCACGUGGACUACCCAUGAUGGGUUCUCCGUUUCGGUCAUAUCUUACGGAGCUACAAUUCAGUCGAUUAAAGUCCCAGACAGAACCGGCGUGUUAGCAGACGUGGUGCUAGGCUUCAACGACAUCACCAGCUAUGUGGAACGCAACACCCCCUACAUGGGAGCAACCGUGGGGCGCUGCGCCAACCGCAUAGGCGGCGCCAAUUUCACAAUCGAUGGAAUAAUGUAUAAACUCGCCAAGAACAUCGGAGAGAACCAUCUGCAUGGAGGCAUCGUUGGGUUUAAUAAGGUAAACUGGGAGAGUCGAGUAGAAGGAAACAAAGUGGUCUUUAGCUACUUAUCAAAAGACGGAGAGGAGGGCUACCCUGGAGACCUGGUCACCAACGUCAUCUACGAGGUCCGGGAAGACAACAGCUUACACGUGGAGUUCAAAAGCACCACCACCAAGAAGACGGUAGUCAACCUGACUAACCAUUCUUACUUCAACCUGGCUGGCCACCAGACGGGCGCUGAUGAGAUGCUCAAACAUGUUGCUUCAAUAAACGCUAACAAAAUCACUGAGACGGACUCAGAAUCGAUCCCGACUGGAAAGUUCAUUAACGUCGGGGGCACCCCUUUCGAUUUACGGAUCCCCACUCGCAUCGGCAGUGUCAUCAAUAAGCAGGAAAACCUGUUCGAUGACAACUUCUGUGUUAACACCUACGGUAAUAAGAAUGUGAAUUUCGUCGCCCGCGUGGUUCACCCGUCCUCAGGCCGCUACCUCGAGCUAUUCAGCGACCAGCCAGGUGUCCAGUUUUACACAGCCAACUCCUUACCUGACCCCUCGACGCCGGCCCUGGUAGGCAAAGAUGGUGCGGGCUACCGACGCCAUGGGGCGUUCUGCCUCGAAACACAGAAGUACCCUGACGCCGUCCAUCAUCCUAACUUCCCUAGUGCGUUCCUGAGCCCAGGGGACGUGUAUACUCACAGGGUAAUCUACAAGUUUGGGGCAGAAAAAAAGGCCAGUCAUUCCAGCAGUCACUGAAGGUGAUUUUCUAAAAAAUGUUGUUUGAUAAACCGAAAUAUUUCUAUGCAAACACAUAAAAAAAGAUAUUUUAAUGUGUCUAAUUUUUAUUUGUUAUUAAAUAAAAUUGUGUACUACUUUUGAAAA